AUGAAACCAUCAACAAAGACAAAGAAAACAGAUAAUUUCACAGGAGAUAGUGCAUUACAUAACUCUGAGAAAGACUUGUUCACACCAAAGUCACCAACAAAGGGAUUCUUUAAAGGUGGCUUCUUUGGUGGAUCAUCGUCGUCGUCAAGCAACUCACCAUCAUCAGUAUCGACAUCUCCUAAAUUACCUUCACAGUUGGCUAUGAAUGUUAGCCAUGCGAUGCGUAUACCUACAACACCAUUAAGCUUACAAGGUGCAAACAAUGCUGUCUUCUCAGGUUCACCAAUACUCACUUCAACUACAUCUACAACAUCUACAACAUCAACGACAUCAACAACAUCUACAUCAACUACAUCCACCUCACCAAUGCUUAUCAGGAACUCACCUCCACUUAUCAAUACAUUCCAAGAGUUGCGAAAGUAUGACAAAGAGAAUGAAGAUCUAGUGAACAAACUGUUAGAAAGAGAGUUGAUGGAGGCAGAGGAUAGGGAGCUAGCGAGGAAGAUGCAGGAGGAGAUGCAGUUGAACUUUGAAGCGAAUGCACAACUGUAUCAAGAGGAGGGAGAGGAGGAGGUGGAUCUCUCUUAUGAAGCACUCUCAAAGUUGGAGCCUGUAAAGGUGGGCGCCACUGAGAAACAAAAGAAACUCAUCAAGGAGAAGAAGUACACCAAGCCAAUAAGAUCAUCGAUCACCUACGAAGAGCAGAGAUGCGCAAUAUGCUUGGAAGACUUUGAUGAGACUACAACGGUCAAGGAGUUGACCAACUGUCAACAUCAAUUCCAUCCAAAUUGUUUGGAUCAUUGGUUGCAAGCGAGCAAGAAAUGUCCAUUCUGUAGAGUUGAGUUGCCUUCAUGA